UGCAGGUGAUGUUUGCAGCCGAGAAGAGUCCAUGGGCCAGGGUGAGAGGUUGCAGCCCCUGCAGAGUUACCUGAAGGAGCUCAUCCUCAACUUUUGGUGACACUUCAGCCCCACGCUCCUAAUCUUUGGCCAGUGUGAAGGGUGCAAGAGGGAGAUCAUUUACACACAGGAAACUUAAACCAAACAUCACAUCAAGAUCUGACAGAGUCACUCCAUUCAUCAAGACCUGAAUAUCAUGGAUCUUUGACUGUGGAAGAGGAAAUGUUUGUCUGUUCUGUCUGUGGGAAAAGAUUUCAAACAUCAGUGUGACUGGAAAAGAACCGAAGCACAGACACACCCGAAUCAGAGUGUUCCAGUGAACUGACUGUGGAAAGAGCUUUAACCAGUUACACAACCUUAAGAAUCAUUGCACCAUUCAGAGUGGGGAGAAAGCAGACAUUUGUUCUGUGUGUGGAUGAGGCUCCAACUGAUCAUCAAAUUUGGAGAGACAGAGGGACACAGGCACCAUGGAGAAACUGUGGAAAUGUGAGGACUGUGGGAAAGGAUUCAAUCGUCCAUCCCGACUGGAAAACCAUCGACGCAGUCACACUGGGGAAAAGCCGUUCACCUGCUCCGAGUGUUGGAAGGGAUUCAUUCAGUUAUCCAACCUGCGGACACACCAGCAGAUACACACUGAAGAGAGACCAUUCACCUGCUCCGAGUGUGGGAAGAGAUUCAGUCAGUUAUCCCACCUGCUGACACACCAACGAGUUCACACUGGAGAGAGACCAAUCACCUGCUCCAAGUGUGGGAAAGGAUUCACUCAGUCAUCAAACCUGUUGACACACCAGCGAAUUCACACGGGGGAAAGACCAUUCACCUGCUCCAAUUGUGGGAAGGGAUUUACUCAGUUAUCCACCCUGCUGAAACACCAGCGAGUUCACACUGGAGAGAGACCAUUCACCUGCUCUAAGUGUGGGAAGGGAUUCACUCAGUCAUCAAAUUUGCUGACACACCAGCAAGUUCACACUGGAGAGAGGCAUUUCACCUGCACAGUGUGUGGGAAAGGAUUCACUGUGUCCUCUGACCUGCUGAAGCACCAGCGAAUUCACACUGAGGAGAGGCCGUUUAGCUGUACUUCCUGUGGAAAGAGAUUCAGGUCUUCUUUCAACUUCAAAGUACACCAGCGAGUUCACACUGGGGAGAGGCCCUUCACCUGCUCCGAGUGUGGGAAGGGAUUCAUUAAAUCAUCCAACCUACUGAUACACCAGCGAGUUCACACUGGGGAGAGGCCAUUCACCUGCUCCGAGUGUGGGAGGAAAUUCACUCAAUCAUCCAACCUGCUGACACACCAGCGAAUUCACACUGAGGAGAGGCCGUUCCAUUGUACUUCCUGCGGAAAGAGAUUCAGGUCUUCAUUCCACCUCAGUGAACACCAGCGAAUUCACACAGGAGAGAGGCCAUUCACCUGCACCAAGUGUGGGAAGGGAUUCACUCAGUCAUCCAACCUACUGAGACACCAGCGAGUUCACAUUGGGGAGAGGCCAUUCAUCUGAUCCAAGUGCAGGAAGGGAUUCAGUUGGUCAUCCCACCUGCUCAGACACCAGUGAAUUCACAAGUGACUGCAGGGGUUAGAUUCUAUUGUUGCUGCUGUUAAUCACAGCCAGGGCUGAACCAUAUUCCUUCUGACAGUUGUGGUUUGGUUCUGCUGAUGUUAAUAAUCCCUGUAACAGGUCUGAAGUUUAAUAUUCUGGACCUAUAGCUGAUUGUGUUCUCGGGGCUGCAGUGUCCAUUUAUGAACAGCUGUCUCUGACUUUUCCCCAUAAUUCAGGAACUCUCGUCAGAAAUUAGUUUACAACAAAAUUCUGAUAUUUUACUUCAAUCUCAAAUUGAUCUUUGGCACGAACUCUACAAUUCAUUGUCUGAGAGGUUUUGAUCAGGCAGAUAGAGAAUGUUUCCUUUUGUGGGGAAGAGCAUAACUAGAGACCAUAAAUAUUGGAUAGUCACCAAUAAAGCAAAUUGAGAAUUCAGAAGAAACUUCUUUAUCCAAAGGGUGUUGAGAAAGUGGAACUUGCUACCACUGGGAGUGGUAAAAGUGAAUCGUAUAGCUUUUGUUUAGUUGAAAAGAGUGCACUUUGUGGAUGUGUUCAUUUAUUUGUGCAAAGGACAGGGCCCUGUAUGUGAAUAUAUGUAGUUUCUAGCAUGUGUAAUUGAGCUACAUUGUGAGACCGACUGAUAAUCUUAAAUUGGUUGUUUGUGUAAUUCUCAGCACAGUCAGGAUUGUUGAGUAGGUGUUGUCUAAUCAUGGAAUGACAUCUAAUAUUAUUUAAGAGAAAGCUAGGCAAGCACAAGAGAAGGAAAUAGAUGGUUACAAUGAUACAUUUUGAUGAGGAAUGAUAGGUGGAGGCUCUGAAGGAGCUUAAACACCAGCAUGGACUGGCUGGGCCAAAUGGCCUCUUUCUGUGUCAUGUAUCAGAUGUAAUUACACUGCUGAAGGGUCUGGUCCUAAUUUUUAGACUAUCCCACCUAUUCCUAGACUGCCUAACCAGUGGAAAUUAUUUCCAUUUACCCUCUGUUCUCCUUAAUAUGCUCGAUUCAGCUUUUACCGACACUGUUAAUCACAUCCAGAACUGAACCAUGUUCAUUAUGACAGUUGGGGUUUAUUUCUACUGGUGAUAAUAAUCUCUGUAACUGGGUUGGAGUUUAAUAUCUUGAUAUUUGUUAAAUAAACCAGCUUUUGUUUCAAA